AUGGAAAUUUCCGAAGAUAUACUUCAAUAUGUUUUCUCAUGGUUACCAGCAAAACCUAUUUAUAGAUUCAAAGCUGUCUGCAAAUCUUCUUCUGAAUUCUCAACAAACAAGUUAUUUGCGUGGACCCAAGCUCGUAACUUGCACGUCAAGGAUGACUCAGGGUUCUUUCUUCAACCUAGUCUCUCCACCGGGUUCAAGCAUCGUGACAAAGUAGAAUAUCACUCACUACCUGGUGAACAACUCUUCUCAGGUGUGCCCCAAAAAUCUCUUCAGUCUCUCCAAAACACCGGAUCAAAGGUCUUGGCAUCAAGUAAUGGCUUGAUACUUUGUCAAAACACCAAAACCCCAGAUGAUCGUAACUUAUUUCUUUGCAAUCCCACAACACAAACUUGGCGAACCAUUCCAACCCCACAAGAUUUAGGAGGAGUAAAUUGGCCCAAAGGAGUUGUGCUUGAGUGCAACAUUAACAAUCCAAUUUCAGACCCUGAUCAUCAAGACUAUAUGCUACUAAUCAUUCAUCCACCAAGAGACUGGUUACCCCACUAUGAGUGCAAAAUUUACUCGCCAAAAGAGGGCAGAUGGAAGGAAAAAAAAGUUCAUAAAUUCGGUCCUAGAACACUUCAUCUUGAUAUGCCUGUUUAUCACAAUGGUGCUGUCCAUUUUGUUUCAGAUUGUAGGGAUCCAUCGGUGCGCAGAGGAAGUGUAUACUAUAGGCCAUAUAUUGUGGCAUAUGAUAUUAACAAUGAUACCACGAGAAAACUAAGACUGCCUAAUGAUGCAAGGAAGGGGUCGGAUGAUACUGUACACAAUACCAAAUUGGGGAUUUUCAAGUGGGGAAGUAGGAAAAGUUCAUCUGAGUCAAUCUGUUUGGUAAGGCUGAAGAAGUAUGUGUUCACUGCAUGGGUUUUGAGAGACUACGAUUCGGUUUCAUGGAUUCGGAUUAUGAAAAUUAGGGUUAGAGCAAUGGGGUUGAUGGAGCCUAACCCUAAUCAUAUUGCAGGGUUUACAGUCAUGAAUGGGAAGACUUUGCUAUUUGCAACUAGAAAGAAAGUCUAUAGUUAUAAUAUGAUGGGUCGAAGUCAACAGAUUGAACAAGUUUGUGAGCAUCAGUGUCAGCGUCAAUAUGAUAAUUAUUGCAACGUUUGUUUCACCUCCUAUUCUAACACCCUUCAUCCACUUGGAAUUGGUGCUGCAACAUUGCCCGACAUCUAG